AUGGGCGGCAUUCCAGAAGUCCGUGUCAGCGCAGCACCUGUCGAUGUUGUUGGACUCAACCUCGACAUCGAGGAGGACAGUCCAGAGUACCUUGCCAUGCUUGAUGCAGAAAAAGAUGUCGACGACGAAGCUCCCGAGGAUGAUGUAACGACGGCGGUGCAGAGUCCCAGCAAGUCUAAGAAAACAACAUGGACCCCAUAUCAAUUCGAGCGAAUGUGGAUUCCCGAGACACUGGUCGAGCUUGGCGUACCAGCACUGCUGGAAGAGUGGAAUCAAGCCCAACGAGACAAGGCGGAACUGAAAGCGAGACCGCUGAAGAAGUCCAAUGCGUCUAAGCUGCCCAGGGAGGUGAAUCGAAUCGACCAAUAUUUCGGCGCUUCGCGGCCCCACGAGCCACCCGUCCCAGACCCAUCCCGGGUCCCCGAGCCAUUGAAGCAGGCUGUUGCAGACACGAGUGCAUCUAGAUUGGUUGCAGCAGCAAAGAAGCCUCCGCGAAAUCCGCUUCGACGAGCCAUCUCUGAGAUCAGUCCUGACCUGAAGCAAUAUUUCAAGCCUGCGAAAGUGAUCCCUGGCGUCAGGCAGGUUGCCCUUAACAAGAGUAAACAUCAUCUGGAUUCGCCGUCUCCAUCACCAACGCGAGAGCUUCCGACGACCCUUCCUGGCAACACUGCCAUCGUCAUCGGAAGUGUUGCAGAUCCAAUCAGCAUAGACUCAUCCCCAUUGGUGUUUGCAGACGUUGGUUCGGUCUCCGCCAUACCAAAGACACCAACUAGGAAUUCUUCUAAGACCAACAAUGCUCAAACAUCCCCACCAGUGCGAGAACUCGAGCAAUCAGUAACCCAACGAUCGUCAAGACGCGUUCGUAAGAAGCUGGAACGUGCCAAAACGGAGGGUGACCUGCCAUCGAACGAUUUUGCGUUGCCUCUAGACGAGGUAUCUUCACCAAAUGCUGUCGACUUUUCUGUGAAGAAAUCGGACUAUAUGAGAGCCACAAAGACUGUGCUCCCUCCCGAGCUGACGACUGGGCUGAAGACGGACUUCGGUCGUAAGAAGGUGCUAGCGGCGCCCCGCGGCAGUCUUGCGGGUACGUGGAAAGAGAUUGACGUUGAUCUUGUCGAUGAUGUCGCCAUGACCAAAAGUCGCAGACCACCGCGCGUCAGUUGUGUUGAUCUCGCGGCAGAGUGA